ACUAGAUAGAGACAAAGACAGCGUGAAAGGUCAAUCAGUUUCUAGAAAGUUUUGCAGAUUGCGUAAAAAGAUCUUCGUUCAAGCUAGUCAAUAUCUCACUUUUCCAAAAUGGUCUCAAUCGACUCGGACCAAUUAUGGAUGGUGAUUACUGGUUUUAUUAUAGCAUUCGCCCUAGCAUUUGGAAUUGGGGCUAACGAUGUAGCUAACUCGUUUGGAACCUCUGUUGGAUCGGGUGUUCUAACCCUUCGGAAAGCUUGUAUUCUAGCAAGCGUAUUCGAGACUCUCGGAGCAGUUUUAUUAGGUGCGAAAGUAUCAGAUACAAUACGGAAAGGAAUUAUAGACGUGACGCCCUAUCAGAAUGACACAUCUUUAUUUAUGGUUGGUAAUGUUGCAGCCCUAUCUGCCGCAACGUUAUUGAGGAUGCCUGUAUCGGCGACACAUUCUAUUGUUGGAGCAACUAUUGGCUUUGCUCUUGUAGCCCAUGGUUCUAAGGGGAUUAAUUGGCACAAAUUAGGUCUAAUAAUUGGUUCCUGGUUUAUUUCUCCAAUUGCUUCGGGAAUCGUUUCAACAUCGUUAUUCUAUUUUUGUAAAUAUUUCAUUCUGAGAAAGAAGGAUCCAUUGGAACCUGGUUUACUAUUUUUACCAAUGUUUUAUGGAAUAACAAUUAUAAUUAACUUGUUUUCCGUUUUUUAUCACGGACCUAAAAUUCUCCGUUUUGAUAAGAUACCUUUAUGGGGAGUAUUUAUUAUAAGCUUUGGAUCUGGUUUAAUAACAGCUGUACUAGUGAGACUCGUCAUUGUUCCUUGGCAGAGGAAAAAAAUUUUAAGACAUUGCAAAGAUUUUAAAGGGGAGAACAAUGAUAAUUUGGUACAGGUUGAAUUCGGAAAUACUGCAGAGAGUUCUUCAAAUGGAUGUUCGCACAAAAAUUUCACUCAGGCUUCGGCCAUUGAACUAAAAGAAAAAUGCGUGAAUCUUUCUCCACCUGAUGUUAAAAAAGCAAUCGAGUCUAAAGAAAAUGUAUCAGAUUUAAAGGAAAUUAUUGAUAACUCGGAAACUAGUCUAACAAAUGAAAAAGAACUAGUCGACAAAUCUAAUGAAAUACAGAUUAAUGGUGAAGCUAAAUCGAUUCCUAAACCCCCUCUUGCCCUUGAGAUUCCUACGGAAAAUCAACGCUCAGUCGUAAAAGAUAGACCAGAAACUGCUAGAUUGUUUUCUUUUUUACAAAUUCUUACGGCGAUUUUUGGAUCAUUUGCGCACGGUGGAAAUGACGUUAGCAACGCAAUUGGGCCAUUAGUCUCUCUCUGGCUUGUCGGAACCCAAGGAAAGGUUUUCGAAAAAGCGCCAACUCCAAUAUGGAUUCUCUUCUACGGUGGUUUUGGCAUAUCAAUUGGCUUAUGGGUAUGGGGAAGACGAGUAAUAAAAACGUUGGGCCAGGAUUUGACAAAAAUUACACCUUCCAGUGGCUUUUGUAUAGAAAUAGGUUCGGCCUUAACCGUUUUGGUCGCCUCGAAUAUAGGCAUACCCAUAAGUACAACCCAUUGCAAAGUAGGUAGCGUUGUUUGCGUUGGUCGAUUUAGAUCAAGGCAAAAUGUCGAUUGGAGCAUAUUUCGAAAUAUAGUAUUCGCUUGGUUAGUUACAUUACCAAUUGCUGGUGGAAUUUCUGCUGCUAUGAUGGCAGCAUUAAAACUAACGUUAAAAACUGAUUUCUGA